GCUCAUCUCUACCAGCAAACUUUCCCCUGCCAGAAGUUGGGAGGAAUAAGAAAGCGGAAAAUCCAAAGGGGAAGAUCUCUGUGGACAAAAAAAGGGCUUGGGAUAAACUCUUGCACCCCGACCCGGGGCUCUGGUGCCAGUGUCCCGCCAGUGUCUCCUGGGCUCCCAAGCUGACUGGCGGUGGGUGGCAUUGGCCAAGGCACCCGGCAGCGUCCCCAGCAUUGGGGACGGGCCAAGCAGCAUGCUGGCUGCGGUGCCCGCGGCCGGCAAGCAAACCCUGAGUGCCUGACCCACCCGUGGUGCCGGGGCGGUGGCGGCCAUGGCUGCAGCCAUCGCCAGCUCCCUGAUCCGCCAGAAGAGACAAGCCAGGGAGCGGGAGAAGUCCAAUGCCUGUAAGUGUGUCAACAGCCCCAGCAAGAGCAAGGGAAGCUGCGACAAGAACAAGUUGAAUGUGUUUUCCAGGGUCAAACUCUUUGGCUCCAAGAAAAGGCGAAGAAGGCGACCAGAGCCUCAGCUUAAAGGUAUAGUAACAAAGCUAUACAGCAGGCAAGGAUACCACUUGCAGUUGCAAGCAGAUGGAACAAUUGAUGGAACAAAAGAGGAGGACAGUAGUUAUACUUUGUUUAACCUCAUACCUGUGGGUUUACGAGUGGUGGCGAUUCAGGGGGUUCAAACAAAAUUGUAUCUGGCAAUGAACAGUGAAGGAUACCUAUAUACAUCAGAACAUUUUACACCCGAGUGCAAGUUUAAAGAAUCAGUAUUUGAAAACUACUAUGUGACAUAUUCUUCAAUGAUCUACAGACAGCAACAGUCGGGCCGGGGCUGGUAUUUGGGUCUUAACAAAGAAGGAGAAAUAAUGAAAGGAAAUCAUGUGAAGAAAAAUAAACCUGCAGCACACUUUCUUCCAAAACCAUUAAAAGUGGCCAUGUACAAAGAGCCUUCUCUCCACGAUCUCACAGAGUUCUCAAGAUCUGGAAGUGGGACCCCAACAAAGAGCAGAAGUGUUUCAGGAGUGCUAAAUGGGGGUAAAUCCAUGAGCCAAAACGAGUCAACGUAGCCAGGUUCAGGCAAGCCAAGUGCUCUCUAAACAGAACCUUACCUCUGGAUGCAGUUGAAUUCUUACUAGCAGUCUUUCAUCCAAACAUUCAAUUGCCCAGGACAAGCCACUGAACUUGCAUAGGUCACUCGUUUAUCAGCCAUUAGAUCUACUGGUUGUCAAAGGAUAUACCCCAAUAAUGUAGAAUAUGCUUGUGCAUAUCCCAAGGCACUUGGAUAGCCAGCAAACAUAACUACGGAAUAAAUCUCGGAGAAGAAAUGUCCAGCUCUUUCUCUCUCUCUCUUUCUCUCUCUCUCUUUCUCUCUCUCUCCUAUGCUUUGUGGAAUCCGAAACAAAACAUUUCACAGCAUACACUGCUGAUAAGAAUUUGCUUUCCAACUCAGAAAAAGACCACUUUUGCUCUUCAACGGAAAUUUUAAUGCUUGUAUGUUUUAUAGGGGCAAACAAAAAACAAAUAUGUAAACUCUUGUUGUUUCCUUGGCUUACCGUUUUAUAUCUAAAGCUUGAUAAAAAAAUGUAUCCUUUAAUUUGGAAUAGUGCAACUUUUUGAUUUCUCAAAUCCAAUGGGUCUUUAAAGCUAUGUCUUUAAAAAAAUCAUUUAAAAUUCAGGGUUGGAACUGAGAGUUGGUGUCUCAGGCUCAAGCAAACAGUGUUCUCGUGGUUUUAAACACAACAAAAUAUAAAUUUUUAUAGAUUUGUAGUUUCUGGUAAAGUUAUUGUGCUAACCCCAGUCUGUAGGAAUUGAGUUGUUUUGUUAUCCCAAGUGGAAGUUAACAGAAAGGGAUAAAAUUAUCCUCCAGUGUAGAUUUCUCUUAAUUCCAUUUUGUGUGUCAUGUUAAACUAUUGUCGUGGCUUCUUUUCUAAAGACAGAAACUGUGGAAUUAAGGUGACUUAAUUUUUUUAUAAGAAAUGUCUUAUUUGUAAAAGUCCUUCUUUCACUGUAACGGGCACGUGAAUAUUGUGUAGGAGGAAGCUCUAGGACAGGUUACCCCUAAACAACAUAUACUUAUACAUGCUAUUGGAAACAAUUGUUUAAAAAAAAAUGUAGUUAGGUUUCCAUUUAGGUCAUCAUGUCUGUUGCAUGGGAGAAAGUUGGAAUAUUGGCAUAGAGUUGCAUGAUGUGUAAGAUUUUGUGCAUUAAUCAUCGUUGGAUUCUGUGCUCCAAAACUGACAUAGUUCUGUACAGGCAGCUUGCUGCCUUGUACAAAAGAGUUGUUUAUUAUUUGUUGUAUACACAACCAUGCACUGAAUAAACUAUUUAUAUUAAGAUGUACUUUUUUAAAAAGCUGUUUUAUGAUGUACAUCCAUGAUUAAUUUUGAGGGAAAGGGUUGGCAGUUAAAUUAUAAAGUUAUGAAAGAUACUGUAAUUCAUGUUCAGAAUCUUUCUCUGUAAUGGGUUAUUUCCCCGUAAUGCUGUACACCAGGCAAUUGAGAACAUGCUUUUUCUUUUGGAUAUUGUUAGAACUGGUCUUUUAUGCCCAGCUGAGAUACUCAAAACAUAGAGACUAUUCGGUGCCACAAAGUCUUGGUCACAGCCUCUCUGCUGUGUGCUGCUGGAGCCCCAGUGAGCUGCAUUCCUCUGCUUUCAGCUUCUCCAGCUCCUCGGUGUCUGCCCUCCCUGCCAGACCUCCUCUCCUGCAGUCACCUAGUGCUACCUCCCAGCACACCUCCCCACAGCCCCCUGUCCCAAAAAGAUCCAGUAAGUCAAGCACUGCUUGUGCCAGGCUGAUACCUUCAGGAUGCUCAGUGUUUGCUCUGCAUCUCUGCAGGGACGCUUCAGGGGCAGCUGAUGCUGGGCUUGAGGAAAAAGACUCCCGUGCCUCCUGCCUUUGUGUGUAUGUUGUGGAGAGAAAGCAUCCCUGUCUCCUGCCUGUUCUCUCUGAAAACACCAGUGAGAAGCUUUCUCAUCUACAACAUCCAAGCUGCUCUGACAGGUGAGCUUCACUCACCAGUGUGUUCCAAGAAAUCCUAAGAGGAACACGUUUUUAUCAUAGGUGGCUGCCACUUCUAGGAAGGAGCAAUGGAAAUUGCGACAAAAAAGCUACCUAGAAAUGUUAGCCUGAAAUUAAAAUUAAAUAUUCUGCUGUCUGCUCUGUGUGCCUCACACUUGACCAAGCUGGAAUUAGAAUGGGACAGUGAGUUUUUUUAAGACUGGGGCUGAGAGAGGAGGGCAGCAGCUUAUGUUUUAGUUCAAACCCCCAGAUUCAUUGUUUUGUGGCAAAUAGUGAACAAAGAACUCUGGCUUUCUGAGCUCCCAUACCAGAGCAAGGUGUUGCCCUCCCCAAAUACCACAAUCUAACUGUUCUUUAGAGGGCCUGAGGGUCCUCAGCUCACCCCUUUCCAAAGGAUGAAGAGGUGGGAGCACAAUUAAUGCCACAGAAAUCCAUAAAAAUUGAAGAUGUGGCAGAGAUUUUCUUUACUCAGGGGGUCUGGAGCAUUGCAUCCCUUAACUAAGUGUGGUAUGGCCUUUGGGAACAGUUGUCAUCACUUUCCCAGCCCCAAAUAGCCAACUUAUCGGGGUUCAUGUUCUAAAAAAAGGAGUCUGAGUGCCUUAGGAGCAUGAAACCUGAUUAAAAAUUAGGGAAUCUGUGGUAAAGCUAGUUCUGUGCUGAACAUUUACCAUCCUAACAAUAGCUGGAGGUCUGCUGCUUUGCUGUACAGCUGCAGUCUUACUGUCAGUCCCCAGACCCAGGACCUCCAACCUUGAAUGUCAUCUGCAGUGAAAGAAAAAAGCUGAUCUGACAAACUGUCCCUUCUGAGGUCUGUAUUGUGACCCAUCUUUUGUACUGAUGUUGGCAUCAGCUGUCAGUACUCACUGCCAAGGCCCCAGUUUCAAAGGUUUCUAAUAUACCAAGCUAACAAAGGCCACUCUUGGAUUGAGAUGAGGGGAGAGAUCUGGUGAUAGAUGGGCCAUAAACAGCUGUUUCUGAUGAUUACAUUAAGUCUCUGACAAACCUGUUGCAACUCUUGUUUUUCCUUGAGAUUAUUGUGGACUGAAAGGACUCUUGAUUGAGUCCUGUCAAUAAACAAAAGCUCAUGUACUAUGACCAAAGUGGGGCAUUAUGUCCAGGUAGUCUCUGGAGCCAUAAACUGACAUUAAAUAAGGAGAAAUGGAGUUAAAUGUGCCUUUGAAGACAGUGAAGUGUAGGUGAUAAUAUGAACCAGCCAGUGAAGUCCAUUGGGUAAAUGAGAAUGUUGGCUUCAGCAGAGGACCAGAUUAAGGAACCAGGCUCCAGAGUACUUAUUUAUCCUUCAGCACCCAUAAGUUAGAAAAAUAAACAGAUGACUCCUGCAUAAUACCUUCCUUUAAGAAAUCUAAUGGAUGCUGAAAAAGUGUUGGCUGUCUUACCAAAAGAAAACUUACAGCCACUGCUCAGCCCCCUGUGCUCUGCCACACAUACAGAGAUGCACACCUGGAAUAAGGACACAGCCCAGAGGCUGGUAUUAAGCCAAUCCCCAUGCUGGCUGUGAGCCACUGACCAUCUGCAGAAAGCUUGGUCUCAGAUUGUUCUGUUAAUGCCAGUAGGAUGGCUGAUGCCAUUUCUCUGCCAUUUCUCUUGUCCCACCUCUCCAGCAAUGCUGCCCACGCUCUGCAGUGUCAGCCCAGGAGCUACAAAACCAGCCCAGCAGCUUUCUGGUGCACCUGGGCUUCACUUGGCAAAGCCCUGAGCUCCAUGGUGACCUUUUGAAAGGCUGACAAAUGCUGCCUGCCAACCCAAAACAGGUCACCCAUGCAACUGGGAGAAAUACUUCUUGGAACACAGCUAUUACAAGGCAAAAGUGCCGUCUUUUUUCUGAGCCACCUGUCAGAGCUGCUUUCUCAGAGGUCUCUGCAAGUUCAGGUCUGGUUUUGGGGUGAGGCAGGAUGGCAAGAGCUCUUCUCUGUGUCACAGAGAUCCUUCUGUUUUCUUCUCUUUUUUUCUUUUGAUUUACCUCAUGCUACCUCAUAGCAUGGUUGUAUCUCCGUAGCCACUUGCUCAGCCAUGUUCAUCGCUGGCACGAUGGAAGACAAUUCCCUUCUUGGGGAAAAAAAAUCUCUAAGUAAUCCCAGUGAAGAGCAGUGCCCCUUCUGCAGCACUGUCUUGGGUCCCUACUGCUGGUUUCCUGCCCACGGGUGAGGUUUUCAAGUGGGAUAAAGACAGUGUAAUGAGCUCAGGGAUGCUGUGGUAUGCCAGGCCUCUCCCCAGCUGAGCACCAGCAUGAGAGCCAGGUCUGGCAAAGCUCUGCUGUGUCUUGAGUAUCUCUGUGUGGAGACCAGAGCCAGCUCUAACAGGUUUAAUGUCUCCCUGACGUAUCAUGACCAGGACACUUUUGCAGGACAGAAUCUGUAUGUAACAACCUCCUAUCUUCUAAUAAAUAAUUCUAGAACAGA